AUGAAUGCUUUUUUUUAUGGUUAUGUUCACGCGAAGACAAACUUGAAAGAGUUUGUUGACCAGUUUGACAACGCAUUGAAGAAGAAAAUUGAGAAUGAAAAUAACGCUGACUUUCACUCAUUUAGCGUGACCAUUCCUUGCAUAUCUAGAUCUCCGAUCGAAAAGAAGUUUCAAGAAUUAUACACGAAUGCAAAAUUCGAGGAAGUCCAGCGAGAACUGCAAUAUCUAAUAGAUUUGGCUCCAGAAUUACUUAAGAGGGAUGGUGAUGUAAAGACAUAUCUUGUAGAGGAUGAAGUUCAUCUGGAAGACUUCACUAAGUUAGUUACAUAUUCAGUGGACUUUAGUGAUGUGGAUACAGCUGCAAAGUGUUUGUGUGGGCUAUUUCAGAUGAGGGGUAUAUUGUGCAGGCAUAUUUUGGUUGUAUUUAAAUGUAAUGAUACAAACUUUUUGCCAAAUCAGUAUAUUUUAAACAGAUGUAGGAAGGACAUUAAGAGGAAGUACACGUUAAUCGACAGCAGCUAUCACGAAGGGGCUUAG